AUCAUUAAAUCAAUACCGAAUAGUAAGGUGUGCUUUGAAAAGUCAUUUUUGUAUGACAUCAAAUUUGAUUUCAUUCUGUCUUUAAUUUACUUUACACAAUAUCAUUCUGCAUUCUAAAGAUGGACAGAAACGCAAGCGAUAUCUUCAACAUGAAAGAGGCGGAAGAAGGGAACGAAGAUUGGACUAGAAUUUACUCAGUAGGUGGUGCUCCGUCUGGGAGAAGGAACAGGUUAAGGACAAGUUCGAGCAAUGUGUUCCCGAGCGGUGUUCUUGGUAAUCCCGAAACGAAAGUGGACGAAACAGAUAAAGAAGAUGGUGAUCCGAAAAGUAAUGAUAAAGACGAAUCGCUACUGCACUUGUCAAAUAUGAAGAGAAAUCCAUUGACAGGUGACGGGAUGCUAAGCAGUGACAUGCAAGACAUUAAAGGACGUAGAAAAUUUUCGAAUAUUUGACUUUUCAUAUAGUAUACACAUUACCACAUAGGUGUUUUACACUUAGCUUUCCAAAUUAUCCCCAAUGAAUAAUUGAAAUACACUCAUAAAAUGUGAGCAUUUACUUGUUUAUAUGUAUGUUUACUUAUGUUAGUUGUAUUUAAUGUUUUACUUUUGAAGAAAUAAAUAAAUGAUUAUCAACA